AUGUCCGAGCCUGCAGAUGGCUCGGAGAAUUCCAGCAUUCCAACCGAAAAAAAGAAGUGCUGGAUCCCAACCUCGCUGAGGCGUCCAUAUCUUUUCAGUGUUGCCGCUCUUUACUUGUCCAUGUGCAUUGCGAUUGAAGCCAUUCGUGAAUAUUCCAAUCGCCACCAAGGUCUCAUUCAUCUCUUCUCUUACACAGAGCUUGGAAACUUCUCCACAAGGCUGCCCACAUAUUUGCCAACAGCAUUUGCUGUGCUAGCAUUCACACUAUGGAACAUAUGUUCCCUCGAUGUGCUACGGCUGGAGCCAUAUUUCCAGUUGGCCAAGCCUGAGGGAGCUCCUGGGACUGUGCUGUUCACCAACUAUUGCUAUUUCUUCGGCAUUCUGGCUCCAAUAACGGCGAUUCGAAACAAGCAUUGGAUUGUGGUUCUCGUAUCAUUUACUGCGAUGAUUCAACGAAUGGUUCUGCCAUCCCUUAUGUCAGGGCUUGUGUCGCUUCACGAGGUUAACAUGACCUCCUUGGAAUCUGUUUAUACCUGGCCCAGUCUGGCCAAUCUGGAAAAUCAGAAUGAUUGGCUGGAAGAGGGCAGACAUCAUCGUGGCAAUAAGACUGAGUUUCACGCAGACACGUUUUUCUUCUAUCGAACUCUCAACUACGCCACACCACCCAUCUCUAGGCCAAUGCAUUGGGAGCAUGGUGCGACGUGGCAACUGAAUCAACCUGCUUACUGGGCCAAUUUGACUUGCACAGAAGUAAGGUUGGAGAAUCUUGUCCCCUAUACUUGGACUACUUCAAAUUCCACGAGUGCUACCAGCAACGACAGCUCAGCAACCUUGACCUGGAACAUACGCAACGUCCAACUCCAAAAAGCCUCUGGAGCUAGGGAUGAUUCCGAAUGCGAGGUGGAUAUUCUUUUGAAUAGCUCUUCCCCAGACCGCAAAGGAUCAUACCAAUUGCGACAUUGGGAACCUCUUGACCCGUAUAAUACUGUCAACUCAACAUCAACCUUGACUCGUACCGGGUGCGAAUCACUUGCACUGGUCGGCCUCACUAUCAAUAUCAAUUCUACAUCAUCGGGAAAUUUUUCGUCGAAUGCUACGGUUUUCGGAUGUCGCAGCACAUACAUGCACGCGAUGGCGGAGAUCUCGCUUCCCGCAAACACCUCGGUCGCUACUGUUACAAACAUUUCCAAAAAGACAACAAAUAUGACCUCAUCAGAAAUCAGCAUAACAGGCCUCGAAAGGAGUCUUCUACGGAGAUACCAGAACGGCGAGCUUCCGUUAUGGGGUCCCGGAUACCGAUAUUCCCAUCCUGGCUUGACUCGAUCAACAGGGGUGAAUAGCUCGUUAAUCGACCCGUUGAAGCCCUCGAACGUUGGCGACUACCAAGAAGAGAUUCGCCACCUUUGGAACCGGCAUUUUACGGUUUCGAUGAACAAAUUCUUCAACACCACAACUCCCCCAGUCCGAAUCAACGCGAGGCAAUCCACCCUGAGGAUUGUUUAUAGCGUGAGUUCUCACUCCGCCAUUGUUGCGGAAUCAAUCCUUCUGGCAUCAUGUGUCCUACUCUUUUCCAUGUUCUUCCUGUAUCAACGUCGACCAAAUUUUCUCCAAUCGGAUCCCGGCUCCAUCGCAGUGCAGUGCGCUAUCAUUACAGAUAUUUUCACUUCGACAGACGCGGUGAUCAAAUCUGACAUCGACUUUCACACUGCUACCCCGCGACAGCUUCGCCAAUUUGCCAGAUCGUUAUGGUGCCGAUGGAUAGAUGGACCCGACAGAAGGCAGAUGGAAAUCAUCCCGCGCGAGGUGUAUGUUGCAUCUUCAAGCUCACGCACGUCUCGGUUACAAAAGCUCGCCCGAGCUCGUCGUUCAAGACAAGCAACACGGCGGCCACGGUCUAAUGCGAAGCCUCAUUUCGUGAAGACGCCUUGGUUUCUACUCGAAUGCAUAGCCAUAGCGGGCGUUCUCGCUGGGUUCGGAGCGUCUUUCCAGUUUCUUCAUCUAGACAAACUUGGCUACUCACUUACUACCGGGGCGACAAUCCUCUACUUGUAUCUGAUCUAUGGACCCACUGUCAUCGCCUCCAUUAUCAGCUCUCUUUUCAUCUCAGUCCAUCGUCAUUUGAGUAACUUGGAGCCUUGGGUCCAACUGAAAGAGGGCGCUGCCUCGGCGCGAGAGUCUCUGAGUGUCAAUUAUGGAUCCAAAACGCCAAUCACGAUCUGGAAACAGUUCCGCUCAAAUGCGCCUCCUAUCUUAGUAAUGCUUUCCUCGGUGUGUUUGAUUGACUACUUCUUGACCGUUGUCAGCAGUGGAAUGUUCGAACCAACGGUCGACCACUGGUCUGAGGUUACGGCAGACCUGGUGCCUCAAUAUCAUGACUCCCACUUCUUGAACCCUGAAGUUAGGGUUGAUUUCCAUGGCUAUAACCUCAUCGAAGAUACUCUGUCUACCAACCAUUCUAUAUUGGCGUGGACAACGGCCAAUACUUCAUUUGUACCUUUCGAAGUCAAAGAGAACGACGAGUUCGCGGAUUGGAAGUUGUAUACGGCCCGAACACGGGGUAUUGGCGUCGACCUUCAAUGCGCAGAGAUUUCUUCCAGCAAUUCACACGUCAUCUCCGAUAACAGGUCCUGGACAUAUACACCCUCUCACAGCUCAUCCGGUAUGAAAUGCACUGCGGAAUUUCAACAAACUAAACAUUACCAUCACGCCUGGAAUGAAUCGACCUUUUUGAUUUCACCCACCGAGACCGAUAUCGCAUGCCAGAAGUCCUUCGUGCUAGUAAGCUAUGGAGGAGCAACUGCCAUAGAAACCAUUGUCUCUGCGAACCCAACCGCAUUCCACUGCCAGCCAAAGAUCCAAAUCCAAGACUAUGACAUCCAUUUUUGCCCAGAGGGAUUGAUACAAUCUUAUUCGCCAGUCGCUGGCAGCAUGAUAACCCAAGGGCGCAUGUUCCAAAACGCAUCAGAUAGCCUGGCAUCAUUCACACAGGCCUUCACGCGAGACCAUGACGGACCAGCACUGGUAACGAGCGAGAUGUAUGCAUCCUCAAAACGAUUCUUGGGAUUUAAAUUCGGACCUCAAGACCAGACCGCGCUGCUGCGGGCCGUCAAGCUUGUCUAUCAAUCGACCUUCAGCAUGCACACAUCACUCUGGCGCGAUCUGUACCUGGAUGUUCUCCCGGACGAAUCGCGCACCAAACCAGUGAAUGGUACCUUGACCGCAGCGGUAUGGGAUGUCCCACCCUCCGACACAACGAUUGUCAUCAUGAUCAUCAUAUUAUCCUUCGACUUCGCCGUUUUAAUAUUUGUCUUUUGGCUUAGACGGAAAUACUACAACGGACCACCCAUUCCACGCUCGAUCGGGUCACUCAUGCCGUGGAUUGCAAAUACCCGCAUGUUAUCUGAUAUCCGGGGCACCAUGGCUUGGUCUGAAACCGAACAGCGUGAUCAUCUCGAAGCACUUGGCCGACGAUAUCGUUUCGGGCAAUUCGAUGCUUCGAGUGGGCUUGGUGGACCGGGGAAAGUGGCCCUUGACUAUGAUGAUGAAAAGGUGCCGGAAGCUGGCAGGGGAGAGGAGUACGAAAUGGAUGAUGCGCCUCCUUUGGGCAAUUCUGGUCCAGUAUUUCCUUUGGAGGUGUCGUUGGCUGCUGUGGGAUCUGAGUCAACGCUUGUAGAUACACAUACUACUGCAAAUACCCCCUGA